AUGCUGCCAAAGGGAAGUCAGGCAACUGGGCCAACUUGGGAUGUUCCGGCCAUGGCCAGUUUGGCUUGCCGGCUUAAUUCUCACGUUUCAAGCCGCAGGUCCAGCCUGGAAGCCGCAGAAAAAGAUUAUAGGCUUUCGCAUGAACUGUGGCUUGAGAACAUUUUAGCCAAUUUGCAUGGAUACAAUCACCCAUGCCUCACUCACAUCUAA